AUGGGAGUUAAACCAUGUAGCACACCAAUUAUUCCUAAUAUAUGUCUUACAAAAAAUGAUGGAGACCCUUAUAAUGAUCCAAAGAGGUACAGGAGGUUGGUUGGAAAGCCGAACUAUCUUAUGGUGAUGACUUGGCCAGAUAUUGCUUUUGCAGUAAGCAUUGUAAGCCAGUUUAUGUCUGCACCUAUGCUGAAACAUUGGACCGCUCUAGAACAAAUUCUAUGUUAUCUUAAAUGGACUCUUAGACUCGGUAUACUCUACAGAGAUUAUGGACAUAUUGCACUUGAGUGUUUUUCUGAUGCCGACUGGGCAGGAUUUAAAAGUGAUAGAAGGUCGACUAUAUGUUACUGUGUAUUUAUUGGAGGAAACCUAGUGUCUUGGAAAAGUAAGAAGCAAAAUGUGAUAUUCAGAUCUAGUGCCGAGUUAGAAUACAGAGUCAUGGCUCAAUCCACUUGUGAAAUUCUAUGGAUAAAUCAUUUGCUAAAGGAAGUUAGUAUGAAUGUUGUGUCACACGCGAAACUUUAG